UCCUCUUCCGUUCUGUGCCCCAACUAUUUGCUGAAAUGCCUUGCUAGGAUAGAAAGGAUAUUAUUUUGCGAAUCUGUUUUAAGAUUCAUUCAAGAACUCGUGAUCUGCACUGAAAGAAUGAUUUAUCAUGUGGAUUUAUAUUUUUUAUGUGUCAAGAAAGUAAUCUAAGCUGAAGUUUCUUGUGUCAAGAAAAAGAAAGUGGAUAUAUUUUUUAUGUGUCAAGAAAGUAAUCUAAGCUGAAGUUUCUUGUGUCAAGAAAAAGAAAGUAAUCCACGCUUGGCGGUUCCCUCCCAGCGUCGGCCGUCGCCGCGAGUCCCGGCCACCCCCGUCGCCGCCGGGGCACCGUCUCUGAGAUCCUGUCUUCCACUCCCUCCCACCUCCGUCUCCCCUCGGUCCUCGCCACGCCGGGGCGCCUUCGCUCCACCCCCUGUCGGCCUGCUGCCGUCGUCUGCGUUGCGGCCUCGCCAUGGCACCAGCGCGGGUGAACGCCGAAAAGCAGGAUGCCGAUGACGAGCUGGAGAUGAAGGUGGAGAAGUAUUCGCGGGGGAAGGGUGCUGACCUGAAGGCGCUGAGGGACAAGAAGUUGAAAGGCCAGCUCGCUGUAAAAGAGAAGCUCUAUGGACAGUCUGCAAAAGCUGCUGCAAAAGCUGAAAAGUGGCUUAUGCCUAGUGAGGAGGGUUUCUUAGAGCCUGACAAUUUGGAGAAGACAUAUAGAUUUCCACAAGAAUCGAUUGUGAAGGAGGUGGAUAUUUUGAGUUCAAGAAAACCAUUUGAUAUGAUCUUACCUGUACUUGGUCCUUAUACUAUUGAAUACACAUCAAAUGGCCGCUACAUGCUAGUAGGUGGACGAAAAGGCCAUCUUGCUAUGAUGGAUAUGCUGAAUAUGGAUCUGAUCAAGGAAUUUCAGGUGAGGGAAACUGUUCACGAUGUGGCAUUCUUACAUAAUGAGCAGAUGUAUGCAGUCGCUCAAAAAAAGUACCCUUACAUAUAUAAUCAACAUGGUGUGGAAAUCCAUUGUCUGAAGGAACAUGGCAAAGCGUUGAAACUCCAGUUUCUGCCUAAACACUUUCUCUUGGCUUCAAUAAACAGCUUUGGGCAGCUCCACUACCAAGAUGUAAGCACUGGUGAGAUGAUUGCAAAUUACAGGACAGGUCUGGGGCGAACUGAUGUUAUGCGGGUCAAUCCCUAUAAUGCUGUCAUAGGCCUCGGACAUGCUGAUGGCAAAGUUACCAUGUGGAAGCCAACAAGUGUGAAACCACUGGUCACCAUGCUGUGCCAUCAUGGCCCUGUGACUGCUGUUGCAUUCGACAGGGGUGGCCAUCUUAUGGCAACAGCAGGUGUUGACUUCGACAGGGGUGGCCAUCUUAUGGCAACAGCAGGUGUUGACAGCAAGAUAAAAAUCUGGGACCUGAGAAAGUAUGAGGUUAUAAAGUCGUAUGCAGCGCCUGCUCAAUCCUUGGAUUUCAGCCAGAAGGGUCUAUUGGCCUGCAGCAAUGGAUCUCAAGUAGAGAUCUACAGGGAUUUCGGUGGGCAUGAUUAUAGGCUUUACAUGAAGCACAGAAUGAUGAAGGGCUAUCAGUUUGGGAAAGUUUUGUUCCGGCCCUACGAAGAUAUUCUGGGGAUUGGGCACUCGAUGGGCCUUUCGUCCAUCCUUGUUCCAGGAUCCGGUGAACCGAACUUUGAUACCUUUAUUGACAAUCCCAUGGAGACUACCAAGCAGAAGCGGGAGAAGGAAAUUCAUGCUCUCCUCGACAAGCUCCCGCCGGACACUAUCAUGCUUAAUCCAAAUUUUAUAGCCACUGUCAGAGCUCCGAAGAAGAAAGAGAAGAAGACCAAGAAGGAGAUUGAGGAAGAGAUGGAAGAGGCUAUUGAGGCCACGAAGAACACUGAGCACAAGAAGACAAAGGGCAGGAGCAAGCCCAGCAAGCGGGCCAAGAAGAAAGAGGAGGAUGUUUUCAGAGCCAAGAGGCCCUUCUUGGAGCAAUCAAAGGAGGUCGAAGGACGACCUGACAAGAAGCAGCGGAUAGGCGAAGGGGUGGAACUCCCAAAAGCCUUGCAGCGGUUUUCCAAGAAGCCGCAAUCAUGAUCAUGGUAACACAAGGAGCUGGGGUUUCACUGUGGUUUGUAAUGCAUUGUUAUCAAUUAGCUGGCCAAUAUGUAAAAUUUCUGCGUGAGGAAUUGGUUUACAUGAUUGCGCCAAAAUUUUGUUCUAAACCGUGGGCAUUCCAGUGAGCAUGGGCCAUAGCCCUGUGUGCUGAAA